UUGCUAUUAGAAAUAAGUUAUUUUAAUCUUUGAUUGGAACGCGUUAACAUUCAGAAAAUGAGACACUUCUGAUAGACGGAAGACGGUUACUCUGUGAAUCUAUUAAAAUAGUUUAUUGAAAAUUUGUAACUAUAUUCAUUUAUAUCAACUUAAAAUAUACAAAUUCAUAAAGUGUUACCAUAAAAAAAGUCUAGUAUGAUUGGAUGGCACAGGUAUCAUUUUUAGCUUGUAUGCGGUGUCACUUUUUCUUAAACUUAGAGCGUCUUGAUCUGAACUGAUAUUUGAAUCGAAAUAAUUUCAAUUAUCUGCAGUUUUAGAGUUUAGACUCUGGAUUAGGACUGACCUGGAUCUGAUGUUAAGAGGCCACUAGACAAAAUCUACAAGUAUUGGAUCAAAUCAAGGAGUAGCAUAAAAACAACUCUACGUAGAAAUGAGCAUCCAGUGGACUUUAAUUGCAUCCUUUCUCUAUGGAGAAAUAGCAGUUGUUGGUUUACUUUUACUUCCUUUUAUUUCUUCAUUAAGAUGGGCCCGAAUUCUGAAAUCUAGACUUUUUCGACUGAUUAGGGAACGUAUUAAUAUUUAUUUUGGAAUCCUAUUUUUUUUUCACUUAAUUUGUUUCUUUGAUGCAGUUCGAGAAAUGAGGAAGUACUCCAGUACAGAAGUAAGUGAUCAUGAUACAUUGAGCACAGAGUUACAGCGUAACAUGAGGUUGUUUAGAGCACAGCGAAAUUUCCACAUUAUGCUCUUCACUUUCUUCCUUUUGUUUGUUAUUCGUCGACUUGUUAGUCUAAUCCUGAACCAAGCUACGCUUGCUGCUCAAUGUGAAGCUUCAGUACUUCAAGCAAGAAGAGCAACUGAGACAGCUGAAAGGCUAAUGCAAGAAAAGGAACGUCAGACUAAAUCAUUGGAUGAUGAAUGUGCAAGUAACCUAAACAAUGAAACCUUGUCUCUGAAGGAAGAGUUAGAACAGGUUAAAAAUGAACUUGAACAUCUGAAAAAAGACCGGAACUCUAUGAAAGCACAAGCCGAGUCUGUUAACAAGGAAUAUGACAGGCUAGUCAAAGAAUAUGCAAAACUUCAGGAAGAGCUAGACAUGAUCACUGGUAGUUCAAGUGUUAAGAAAGAUGAAUGAAGACUUGAAAGAAAACCUUAUGCUUCAAGCUGACUUAACAGGAUUUGAAUGUUUAUUUUUCUGGUCAAACUAUCUUCUCCGUCUUAGAAAUGUAUUAACUGCCUUUUUUUUUCUUCAUAAAAACCCAUGAGUAAAGUGAGAAAUACUGUAUUUCUAUGGAUCUUCUAUUAUAAAUACUGUUUUGUGUUGUAAAUUUAUACUUGUAUGAAAUGGAAAUGAACUUGUAUUGUAGUCA